GGAACAAUGUUUGGCGCCGGUUCUGAAACGGUGAGCUCUUACAUUGCAUCGUGUCUUAAACUGUGUUCGCAAUCUCACACAGAUGCGCAGGCUCGCGUACAAGAGGAACUCGAUCAUGUCGUGGGGCGUACGCGGUUGCCGACAUUUGCUGAUCAGGAAAUGCUGCCGCAAGUUACCAUGUUCAUCCUCGAGAGUCUCAGUGGACGACCACCUUUCACUACAGGCUUUGCACAUCGCGUGACGAAGGACAUU